AUGGCUCUGUUCGGCCACUUGGACACCAGUGCUCAAGCUGCCGGUGAAGACGAUUUCCAUAGCAGUGGGGUUUCUCAGCUGGAAGAGGAUGCUGUGAUCGACGACUACAGUGUGAAUCAUGACGACGCUGUGUUACGUGGUCGUGAUGGAGGAACAUGCGAGAUGAAGCAAAACCGAACUGGUGCGAGAUAUGGCUAG